GUGCAUCUGGCUGAGAUCAGUAAGCGCAAAGCGUUCAAAGAAGUAACCUGUUUCAAUUGUCGUGCAGUGAUUUAAUCAACUACCGCCAAAAUGCGUAUUGGAGCCAUUAUUCCAAACUUCAAGUCUGAAACCACCCAGGGUCCGAUCAGUUUCUACGAGUGGCUCGGAGAUUCAUGGUGUGUCCUGUUCUCACAUCCAGCGGAUUUCACCCCCGUCUGUACGACCGAACUGGGUCGAAUCGCCGUCCACCGGGAGCACUUUGCCAAGCGAAAUGUGAAGGUAUUGGCCCACUCGGUUGAUGACCUAAAGUGCCACGUGGAUUGGGUUAAUGAUAUCAAAUCUUAUUGCCCGGAUAUUAUCGGAAACUUCCCAUACCCAAUUUUGGCAGAUCCCAAUCGGGAGCUGGCCGUUCGAUUCGGCAUGCUGGAUGAGAAGGAUCAGAAUAAUCCGGAGUUGGCGCACACCGUUCGGGCACUAUUCAUCAUCAGUCCUGAUCACCGAGUUCGGUUGACGAUGCACUACCCUACAUCCACCGGUAGAAACGUUGAUGAAAUUCUACGAGUCAUUGAUUCGCUUCAGCUAACGGAUCGUUUGAAGGUGAUCGCGACCCCCGCAAACUGGACGCCCGGAACCAAGGUGAUGAUUCUGCCCGAAGUCUCUGAAGCAGACGCAGACAAACUUUUCCCCAACGGCAUCGAGCGAGUCUCAAUGCCGUCGGGACAUGUAUACGUUCGUACGACUACCGAUUACAUGUGAGAGGCCCUCUUGCGAAGAAGACAUUGUCGAUCGCGUACGGAAGUUUAUUUGUUUUCUGAAGUGAUUUAAUAAAACAAUAUUUGUUAUACAUACUUGUUAUUGCUGAAUACAUUACAUUGUAUUCCCGA